AUGGCCGUCGGUUACCUACGCCGCCGACUCCGCCGUCGGGCAUCUAGUUCAGUGUCAAAGUUCCUGAGUGGGAUACAGCACACCAAAGUCCAGAAGGACCUGUUUCUGCACGCUCCAUGUCAGAUCCUCAAUCUUAGUCUUCCCGGGGCCCCGUAUGCCUCUUGCCAGUCUAAAUGCUCCAAGCUAGAUUCUGCACAUCCCACCUUUGCAUGCCGCUACAUUGUCAACGACAUGGAUGUGGCGGUGGGUGACCGAGGCCUCUUUCUCUUUCCUCCACUAAGGCAGAUGAAUGAUUCAGGGGUAAGUGGAAGUGUGCUAAUAGUUCACCAGCUCCAUGAAGGGAAGCACCAAUAUGAAGUAGAAAAUGUUGUCAAGCACAACAAAUCAGGUGGAGGAAAACGCAUGAUAAUGAAAGGUGACAAGCUACUGAAAAUAAAUGGAAAUGAUCUGCAGCAUUUAACCCCUGAGGAGUUGGCUCAAACCAUAGCAGAGGGUCAGCCGAUGUUGACAGUGCACAAGUCGGUCAGGAAGAAACAUUCCAAUGAGCGGAAAUGCUCCACAGACGAUGCGCUCCAUGCCGUUUCUAAGGAGGCCACCUUACUCGAAUUCAGCAUGGAAAUGGUGCGAGAGGAAGACCUGCUACAGAGUAAAAUCAUUUCAGGUGGUGAUGAAGAAGAGAACGGCAGCGCCAAGGAAGAAGAUGCAGAGAGCAACGACCUUCUGGUCGUCACCAUGACUGAAACAAACUUCAUCAUGUUAAGGGGAAGGGGCUGUGAUGCUGGCGGCAGCUGUCGUGGAUGCCAAGGGACAGGAUGCACCCUUAAUGACAUUGUUAUGACCUCCAAGUCCAGCACUGUGACCCUUGUUUCAAGAGGAGGGGGCACUUUGAAACAAAUGACGAAAUUGAACACCCCAAUCGAACACAUUGCCUCGCACAAAUAUCUGAAAGCCCUGUGUCAACAGAAGACUCUCUAUGCUUCGUCUCAUCCAGAGAACUUGACCAUUUAUUACUACAAGUCAACUUGUUUGGACAAGCAUAAUCCAGUGACGUUGAACUUCACAGACUCCGACUGCUUUCUGAAGUGCUCCAAAAAAGAGGAGCAGGUGCUCCUGCAAGUGGAGGCAGUGGAUAAGGCAAAGCUGAAAACUAUUUCCAUGAAUGACGAGGGCACGCUUUCCUACGUCUUCUACUUGAAGACCGACAGCUCAAAGCAGCGAAAGUUCGAAUCUGCACUCUACCAGGGCUGGUACAUCCAAAUCACUGGUUCUGCUUCUGCAGAGUCUGUUAAAAUGGCCAAGUUUGAUCGACAGCAAGGAACUCAAUCUUUUCUCUUUAUCAUUACUACAUAA